CUGCCCGGGCAGCAGGGCCUGGCCUGGAGGAGCGGCUCUUCCAACAGGUGCGGGACCACUUCAGCUUUGAGACCUGCGGCAACGAGACCUUCCCGCAGCGGUACCUGGUCUCAGCAAAGUUCUGGAAGAAAGGAUUUGGACCUAUCUUUUUCUAUACUGGCAAUGAAGGUGACAUCUGGACUUUUGCUCAGAACUCUGACUUCAUAUUUGAAUUAGCAGAGGAACAGCAAGCACUUGUGAUUUUUGCUGAGCAUAGGUACUAUGGGAAGUCUCUUCCAUUUGGACUUGAGUCAACACAGCUGAAGAAAACUGGUCUGCUUACCGUGGAACAAGCCCUUGCUGACUACGCAGUGCUAAUUACUGAGCUUAAGCAGCAGUACGGUGCUGCAGACUGUCCUGUCAUUGCUUUUGGAGGCAGCUAUGGAGGAAUGCUGAGUGCUUACAUGAGAAUGAAAUACCCAAACAUUGUGGCCGGAGCAUUAGCUGCCAGUGCUCCUCUGUUGUCUGUGGCUGGGCUUGGAGACCCCACCCAGUUCUUCAGAGAUGUAACAGCAGAUUUUCAGAAGUCCAGCCCAGACUGUGUCACAGCUGUCCGCAAAGCCUUCCAGCAGAUUAAGGAUCUGUGCCUCAGUGGAGCCUAUGAUGAAAUCAGCAGCAAAAUGGCCACAUGCAAUAAGAUCUCUAACAAGGAGGAUGUUUACCAGCUUUUUGGAUUUGCUAGAAAUGCCUUCACCAUGAUGGCCAUGAUGGACUACCCUUACAAAACUGAUUUCAUGGGUCACCUCCCGGCCAAUCCAGUGAAGGUUGGCUGUGAACGCAUCCUUGCCCACGCAGACCCGAUUCGAGGCCUGGCUGCGCUUGUUGGGGUGUUCUACAACUCCUCCGGCUUGGCCCAGUGUUAUGACAUAUACCAGCUGUACCAGUCCUGUGCUGACCCCACUGGCUGCGGCAUCGGCUCAGAUGCUGAUGCCUGGGACUACCAGGUUUGUACAGAGAUCAACCUAACUUUCAACAGCAACAACGUGACCGAUAUGUUCCCCGAGAUGCCCUUCACGGAGACCAUGCGAGAGCAGUACUGUCAGAGCAAAUGGCACGUGAAACCACGAGCACACUGGCUGCAGACAAACUUUUGGGGAGGAGACCUGAAAAGUGCAAGCAACAUCAUUUUUUCAAAUGGAGACUUGGACCCGUGGGCUGGAGGCGGGAUAAAUAGCAGCCUCAGUCCGUCACUAAUUGCAUUGACGAUUAAAGGAGGUGCUCAUCACCUUGAUCUCCGAGGACGCAAUCCAGCUGACCCCCCAUCCGUCACAGAGGUGCGCCGGGUAGAAGCGAGCAUCAUCAAUGGCUGGGUAAAAUCUGCACGGAUGGAAGGAGCACAGGAGAAGCCCUCGGGAGUUUCAGCAGGCAGAUGGCUGUGA